UAGCCUGCCAAAACUUUCAUCACUGCUGUAAGGGCCGGCUGUUCUAUCUUCCGAUAAAUCUCACUCGACAGGUGAAACAACCGGCCCUAGGAGAUGGACAAACACUGUAACUACUAAACUAUCAAUAUGCUUAAUAGCAUUGGAAAUGUUGAACGAAAGCAGUGAUAGUUUGUCUGAAGAAGAAGAACAAAUAGAAUUAUCACCAAUGCAAGCAGUUCGUCCACGUAUUAAAAAUUAUAUGGACACAGUUAAGGAAUAUUCAGAUGCGGAGUUUAAAAGCCAUUUUCGCAAUCUGAUAGAUAUGAACAAUGCACAUUUCCUCCCGACGUACAACUUUUAGUAUCACUAUGGACUAUGGCAACACCUGAUUCAUAUAGAUUAGUGUGUGAUCGAUUUAAUAUUGGACGAGCAACUGCUUGGCGUGUUAAUAGAAGAGUCUGUGCAGCGAUUUAUUCUUUAGCACUCCAAUUCAUUAAAUGGCCAAAUGAAGAAGAAGCGGAAUAUACAUAGACGGAUAUUCAAAUCAAACACAAGUUUUCAAAAGUAAUCGAUGCCAUAGACGGUACGUUCGACGGUAUGUACACAUUCGUAUACAUAAACCAAAGAAACACGCAGAAAGUUAUAUAAAUCGAAAAGGACAUUAUUCAAUAUAGUUGCAAGUAUAUGAUUCCACUUUGAAAUUUAUUCAUUGUUACGCAAGACAACCCGGAUCUCUGCACAAUAUGUGCGUAUUUCGACUAAGUAGUAUCCAAUCCAUAUGCACAGAACACUAUUGCCCAAGAGAUAGUCAUCUGAUAGCUGAUGCUGCGUAUGCCGUGCAAAAACAUAUGAUGAUACGUUUUAAGAACAAUGGUCAUUUGACAGAAGCACAAAUUAAUUUUAAUCAACGUCUGUUCGGCUCGUGCAAUGAUUGAAAGAGCCAUUUACUGAAAGGACGGAUUCGUAGUGUCUUGGAUAAAUUAUACAUGAAACGGACGGAUCUCAUAUCCCAAUACAUUAUUACGUGUUGUGUGCUGCACAAUAUUUGUAUAUUACAUAAUGAUCUUAUAGAUGAUAGUGUAAAUAUAGAUGAUAUUGAAACAGACAAUAUUCCUAUGAGUGCACAUAAUGAAAUAAAUGCUUACACUAAAGAAGAAGACAUCCAAAAAGAAAUACCUUAACAUAUAUGCUGAGCCAGCGAGUGUAAAAAGACAUGUACUGCCAGUACUGGCACUGUAUAUCGGAACACACCUGAUUGGACAGAGAGAAAAGGUGCCCAGUGACGUCACGAGUUUGCGACUCUUUUCCUGAGAAGCUUUCUACUCUAUGACAGCCCGAUACAUGCUUAUUCGCGGAUCUUUGUUAAUUAAGAUCUCGGAUGAUGGAAGUGAAAGCAGUCAAUUAUCUUCAGAAAGAAGCUCAGCAAGCAGCACAUUUUGCAACUUAGAAAAAGAUUAUGCAAGGAUAACACAUGAGAUGAAGUCUAACGAGGCUUUAGCUUGCUUUGAAGCUGAAUAUGCGAGACUUUACGAAUUUUUGUAUAAAACUCACAGAAAUGAAAAGGAAUUAUCGGAGCAGUGCAGUAUGCUAAAGGAAGAAAUUAUGGAGAAAACAUACAAAAUAUAUGAAUUGACGAAAAUGACAAAAAGUCAUGAAGACGAGAUAAUCAAAUUAAAAGAAGAAGUUGUAAAUAUGACAAAGCUGGCUGAUGCUGCACAUACUCGCGAGCAAAAUGCACAGGAAGUAAUCGAAAAUCUGCGACUUAAUAUCACAAAAUUGAGUCUGGAGAUUGAUCAAAAGAAUAAACAGUUAGCAGCAGAAAAAGAGUGGAAGCGAGCCUAGACCACUUGAGGCAAAACAACUAGACAGCUGGUUAAAAAAGGACAAGGGUGCGAGAAUAUUGAUUGGAUUAACAGUCGAAGAAAACAUUAUCAAUCUCAUCAUGGGGUGUGAUUCUGCAAACGAAAUGUGGGAAACAAUUCUUGGACUCUAUGAGAAGAAAUCGAGUCAACGAAUCGAUGCCGCGAGGAGGGACGUCGAGAAGAUAUCUCAAUCUUUGUAGUAACACCGUAGUUUUUAUUUGAAAUAAUUACACGUUUUCUACACAACUUA